ACUAUUUUAUAGCUUUCAAAACAAGAAUAAAUUUAACAAAGUUGAAAGUAACUAUUUUGCUUCUAUUCGAAUUUUGAAUUAUGAGAUUGAUGUAAAAACAUCUAAUGAUUUUUAUGAAUCAUUUAGCACUUUAGUUAUAUUGAUAAAAAAAUGUUAUAAAUUAAAAUAUCUUUUAUUGAACAUUUCAAAUUUAAGUCAAUUAGACAAAAACUUAGUAGAAAAAAUACAAAAUAUGCUAAAUAAAAGAGAGAUUUGGACAAAUUGUAAAAGUUUGAAAGUCUUGCAAUUAAAAAAUUAUGAUUUUCCAAAAGAGUUUUUAAAGUCUAUUUACAAAAUUACUACAUUAUUAGACCUUGACAUACAAGGAUGUAUGAACUUGCUCACAUUACCAAAUGAAAUGCAUACUAUGUCAUCAUUAACAAACCUCAAUAUUCUAAGAUGUUCAAAAUUGAAAGUAUUACCAAAUUCAUUAGGAAGAAUUACUACUUUAAAACAAUUGAAUAUACGUAAGUGUUUUAGCUUAACAUCAUUGCCAAAUGAACUAGGCAAUCUUAUAUCUUUGACUACACUAGAUAUAUCUAAGUGCUCAAGCUUGACAUCAUUGCCAAAUGAACUUGACAACCUUACAUCUUUGACUAUACUUAAUAUAUCUUCGUGCUCAAGCUUGACAUCAUUACCAAAUGAACUAGGUAAUCUUACAUCUUUGAUUGAACUUGAUAUAUCUAAAUGCUCAUGCUUGACAUUACUGCCAAUUGAAUUAGGCAACCUUAUAUCUUUGACUAAAUUUGAUAUAUCUUCGUGCUCAUAUUUGAUAUCAUUACCCAAUGAACUAGGCAAUCUUACAUCUUUGACUAAACUUGAUAUAUCUUCGUGCUCACGCUUGACAUCAUUGCCAAAUGAACUUGGCAACCUUACAUCUUUGACUACACUUAAUAUAUCUUUGUGCUCAAGCUUGACGUCAUUGCCAAAUGAACUAGGCAAUCUUACAUCUUUGAUUGAACUUGAUAUAUCUAAAUGCUCACGCCUGACAUUACUGCCAAUUGAACUAGGCAACCUUAUAUCUUUGACUAAAUUUGAUAUAUCUUCAUGCUUACACUUGAUAUUAUUACCAAAUGAACUAGGCAAUCUUAUAUCUUUGAUUGAACUUGAUAUAUCUUUGUGCUCAAGCUUGACAUCAUUGCCAAAUGAAUUAGGCAACCUUACAUCUUUGACUACACUUAAUAUAUCUCAAUGCUCCCACUUGACAUCAUUGCCAAAUGAACUAGGAAACUUAACAUCUUUGACUAAACUUGAUAUAUCUUCAUGCUCAAGUUUGACAUCAUUGCCAAAUGAACUAAGCAAUCUUAUAUCAUUGACUAAACUUGAUAUAUCUUGGUGCUCAAGCUUGAUAUCAUUGCCAAAUGAACUAGGCAACCUUACAUCUUUGACUAAACUUGAUAUAUCUUCAUGCCUAAAUUUGAUAUUAUUGCCAAAUAAAUUAAGAAAACUUAUUUAUUUGACUGCACUUGAUAUAUCUUCUUGUAUUAAAUUAAAGUCAUUGCCAGAAGAUAUUUCAAAUCUUACAUCUUUGCUCACAUUGAAUCUAUCUGGAUGCAUAAAUUUAACAUCAUUGCCAGAUGGAUUGAACAACUUAACAUCAUUGACUACAAUUAAUUUAUUUUGGUGCUUAAGAUUAAUAUCAUUGCCAAAUAGAUUAGACAACCUUACUUCUUUUAGUGCUCUUGAUAAGUUUGAGUGUUUAAGCUUCAAAACAAUGUCAUAUGUAUUUAAAAAUCUCAAAUCUCUAACUACACUUAAUUUAAGUGAAAAGCCAUUGUUGACAAUUAUUCCUGUUAUAUCACAUAGUCUUACAUCAUUGACUACACUUAAAAUAUUUGAGUAUUCAAGCUUGGUAUCAUUGCCAAAUGAACUAGGUAACAUUACAUCUUUGACUACACUUGAUAUAUCUUGGUGCUUAAGCUUGACAUCAUUGCCAAAAGAAUUAGGCAAUCUUAUAUCUUUGACUACAAUUAAUAUAUCUUGGUGCUUAAAUUUGACAUCAUUGCCAAGUGAACUAGGCAAUCUUACAUCUUUGACUAAAAUUGAUAUAUCUAAAUGUGCAAGGUUGAUAUCAUUGCCAAAUGAACUAGGUAAUCUUACAUUUUUGACUAUACUUAAAAUGUCUUUGUGCUCAAGCUUGAUAUCAUUGCCAAAUGAAUUUGGAAACUUUACAUCUUUAACUACACUUGAUAUAUCUGGAUAUUCAAGCUUAACAUCAUUACCAAAUGAACUUGGAAACCUUAUAUUAUUGACUACACUUAAUAUAUCUAGGUGUUCAAGCUUGGCAUCAUUGCCAAAUGAACUAGGCAACCUUACAUCAUUGACUAUUCUUGGUAUAUCUUGGUGCUCAAGCUUGAUAUCAUUGCCAAAUGAACUAGGUAACCUUAUAUCUUUGACUAUACUUGAUAUAUCUAGGUGCUCAAGCUUGGCAUCAUUACCAAUUGAACUAGGCAAUCUUACAUCUUUGACCACACUUAAUAUAUCCUGGUGCUCAGACUUGGUAUCAUUGCCAAAUGAAUUAGGCAACCUUAUAUCUUUGACUAUACUUGAUAUAUUUAGGUGCUCAAGCUUGAUAUCAUUGCCAAUUGAAUUAGGUAACCUUACAUCUUUGAUUAUACUUAAUAUAUCUAGGUGCUUAGGCUUGAUAUCAUUGCCAAAUAAACUAAGCAACCUUACAUCUUUGACUACACUUGAUAUAUCUGAAUGCUCAAAUUGGACAUUAUUGUCAAAUGAAUUAGGCAACCUUACAUCUUUAACUACACUUAAUAUAUCUAGUUGCUCAAACUUGGUAUCAUUGCCAAAUGAACUUCUCAACCUUACAUCUUUGAUUACACUUCAAAUAUCUUGGUGCCCAAGCUUGACAUCAUUGCCAAAUGAACUUGGCAACCUUACAUCUUUGACUACACUAAAUAUAUUUAGGUGCUCAUGCUUGACAUCAUUAUCAAAUAAAAUAGGUAGCCUUACAUCUUUGACUGUACUUAAAAUAUCUUGGUGUGCAAGCUUGAUAUCAUUGCCAAAUGAACUAGGCAACGUUACAUCUUUGACUACACUUAAUAUUUCUCGGAGCUCAAGCUUGACAUCAUUGCCAAAUGAAGUAGGUAACCUUAUAUCUUUGACUGUACUUAAAAUAUCUUGGUGUACAAGCUUGAUAUCAUUGCCAAAUGAACUAAGCAACCUUACAUCUUUGACUACACUUAAUAUAUCUCAAUGCUUAGGCUUGAUAUCAUUGCCAAAUGAACUUAGAAAUCUUAUGUCUUUGACUAUACUUGAUAUACAUGAAUGUUCAAGCUUGACAACAUUGCCAAAUGAAUUAGGCAACUUUACACUUUUGACUAUAUUUAAUAUAUCUAGAUGCUCAAGCUUGACAUCAUUGCCAAAUGAACUUGGCAACCUUAUAUCUUUGACUACACUUAAAAUAUCUUAA